CAUGGAGAUGAUUUCUCCAGUGCUCUCACCCAGAGUGACACCAGGAAAGGCAAAACAGAACAGGGAGGUCACACUGAGCUCACAUUUCCUGCCCAUGCUCUUGUGCAAGUAAAAGAAGUUCCUAAAAGUCUGAUUCGAGCCUUUGGCAGGAUGGGAACUGCCUGCGGUGGAGAAGAAGCUCCCCCAGCUGGAAUUACCUGGAAUGGGUAUUUAAGCAAUUUUAGGCACGGGACCGCAACAGGCAGCCACUUGUCAAACACAACUUCAAAGGUGGCAACAACAACUGCUGCCACCUUGCUGGAUGCUGCCAAUUCAAGCGACUACCCGUACGAGUACUUGGACGAGGAGGAUUACAUGCAGUAUGGCCUCUGCACAAAAGAAGAGGUACUCUCCUUUAGCAGAGUGUUCUUGCCAUCUUUUUACAUCGUGGUCUUCCUGAUUGGGUUGGCCGGGAAUGUCCUCCUGUUUAUUGUCCUCAUUAUGUACAUCAAGAAGAAAAAGAAGAUGACUGAGGUGUAUCUNCUGAACCUGGUGGUUUCAGACUUCUUAUUGCUACUAACCCUUCCUUUUUGGGCUCUGUACAUUUCUCAGUGGGUGACCUGGGACAUAUUGUGCCCAGUCUUAAAUGCCAUGUUCACUGUGAAUUUUUACAGUGGAAUCUUUCUUGUGAGCUGCAUGAGCCUGGACGUGUAUCUGCAGAUAGUUCAUGCUUACUCUCCUCACAGCUCCGUGACACAGAGGAAGUCCAUCCUCGUCUUGGUGGUGGUAUGGGUCCUUUCCAUACUUCUUUCCAUUCCUGAUGGCCUCUUCUCCAGCACGAGGAAAAUCCCCAACAAACCCAUCACGUGCGCCUAUGAUUAUGGCCAGAGACACUUAUUUUGGAAAGUUGUCUUUCGGGUCAUUCAAAACUUCCUGGGUUUUCUUUUUCCCUUCCUCUUCAUGGUGUUCUGCUAUUCCCGCAUAGCGUGUGCCCUCACCAAGUCGCAGAUGCCUGGCUCAAGGAGAGCACUCUGCUUAGUCUUUACUCUGGUGGGUGUCUUCUUUGUCCUGUGGUCACCUUACAAUGUCACCCUCAUCCUUCACUCCCUGCAAGAUGUUGGUGUGAUCAGGAGCUGUGAAAGCAGUAGGCAAUUGGACUAUGCCAUGCAGAUCACUGAGAGUUUGUCCUUUUUCCACUGCUGUCUCAACCCCUUGCUCUAUGCUUUUGUGAAAAAACGAUUCAGGUUAUAUUUAUGGAAGAUCCCUCAGGCCCUUUGCAGGAGAAGAGCUUUCUUUGAUGUUCAGCCCUCAGAGACAAACCAGUCUUGUAGCAGAUAUGCAGCUGAGAUAGAAAUGUUGAGUAUCACAAAUGCAUGAUCAAUAUUUACAUUAUUUAUGUUACAUGUAUGCCCUGUAUGCUGUAUUUUACUGGUCCUGGCCAUGCAAUGGAGUUGGUGUGAGCUCACAGCACUGCGUAACUGGAUAUUUCAUCCUAGUGCCAGCAUCGAGAUGAGGAUUUUCCGCGUCGGGAUUGGAUAUGUGGGAUUUGUUUCUGUUAUAACUGGAAUUAUUAUAAAAGGAUUGCCCUAGGUUUAUGCUUGUGGAAGAAGCCCAGCUCCUGUCGGGAGUAUGUGAGGCAUUAGUAGAUGAAGGAGCAACUUAUCUAGAGGUUGUGCCCUUAAAAAUGCAAACUGUGUGUGCGGAACUUCUCCCCCAUAGAUGCCAAAGGGUCUGACGGAGGAGAGCAAUCCCAUUAUCCCUCCAGCUCAUGGUGUGGGCUGGGGAAUGGAUUUGCCACGCU